AUGGAUCCGAACACUUCGCCACCGUGCCCCGGUACGAUCACCAUUCGUCGGAACCCUCCCCGGAGAGCUCGCGCCACUCCCAAAGUUACGCCUCAAAGCUUCGACUUACCCGAUAUCCCGCCAUUCCCUAACGACGACGUUUGGCCUGCACAAACGCCACUCAACCCCUCAACGUCUCUCCCAAAACCGGAGAAUGAAAACCUAAAGGUUUUCCUCCGAAUCCGACCCCUUUCGUCUUCGCCCAUUCAAGCUCCGCGCGCGAAAACUAAGAGCGCGUGGCCUCAGAACCCCGCGAAAAAGAACGCGGCCGCAUCGGGGGCUAAAAUUUCGAAGAGCAAGACCUCCAGCGCGUGCAUAACGGUCAACGACUCACAAUCGGUGACGUUAUCAACCCCCGUAAGCUGGCAUGAACCGAAACGAAUCAAAUCGGAGACUUACGGAGGCUUCUCGUACGUUUUCUCUUCCGACUCCUCUCAGUUUAAAGUGUAUGAGAGAAUGGUGAAACCUUUGGUGGAGGAGUUUCUUAGGGGUAAAUGUGGAAUGCUUGCUGCAUUGGGACCUAGUGGAUCUGGGAAGACUCACACCGUGUUUGGAACCCCAAGGGAUCCUGGAAUGGUACCUCUUGCCCUACGCCAUAUUUUUAAGGACGCUGAGCCACAUGCCAAACAAGCAUCUAGAACCUUUUACAUGUCAAUAUUUGAGAUAUGCUCUGAACGGGGUAAAGCAGAGAAACUGUUUGAUUUGUUAUCAGAUGGAGGUGAAAUAAGCAUGCAGCAAUCUACCGUGAAGGGAUUGAAAGAGGUUCCCAUCUCUAAUACGGAACAGGCAGAGUCCUUGAUGGCACAAGCAGCACUGAAACGUGCAACUGCAAUGACAAAUACUAACAGUCAGUCGAGCCGGUCACAGUGCAUUAUUAACAUUCGUGAUGUUCCCCCAAAAUGUAAAGGGGUGGUGAAUCCUAAGUCAAACAGUGCUGUUUUGACUAUCAUUGACCUUGCUGGGGCUGAAAGAGAAAAAAGAACAGGGAAUCAGGGGGCAAGAUUGCUCGAAAGCAAUUUUAUCAACAACACAUUAAUGGUGUUUGGCUUAUGCCUAAGAUCAUUAUUGGAGCACCAAAAAAAUCGCAAGAAACCAUUGCAGAAACACUUCCAAAGCUCCAUGUUAACCAGGUACCUGCGAGAUUAUUUGGAGGGCAAGAAGCGCAUGUCCUUGAUUUUAACAGCAAAACCUGGAGAAGAAGAUUAUCUUGAUACUUCUUACCUACUGAGACAAGCUUCUCCUUACAUGCAGAUAAAGUAUAAUGAAGUUGAACCAUCAAAUAUAGUUCCCAAAAAAAGGCAUUACCAAGCUUCGUCAAUAAUGGAUAAUACAAAACUAUCACCAUUAUCAGAAAGUUUGAAGAGAAUAAGACUUGUUAGUGAACAUACUGAGCAGAAUGAUAAAAAGAGUGUUGAAGAAAGGCAGAAUUUUACGGAAGCACUCCGCAAAUUAGAUGCUAGCAGUUCUGUCUCUUUCAAGUCAGAGUGUGAUAGGCAGCUCCGGAGUGAGAGAAGCCACAUUAUUAUGCAGAACUUUGCUAAAGUUAUAUGGAAUGUUCUGAAGCAGUAUAAUUCCAAGCUGAAGGUUGCAGAAAUAGAAAUAGAAAGUCUCAAAGAAAACAUUGGGAAUGAAAAGAAAAAAUACUUGGAGCUAGAAACACAGUUGAACGAGUUGAAGGCAGAUUGUAUUUGCUGCAAAGGAGGACAAAUAAAAAAUGAUCCUGAAGAUUUUUCAUCAGUUGGUCUGGCUCAACCACAUAACUCAGAGCAAGAGGUUGAAUACAGUAUUUCUGGAUUCCUGCUUUCUUGUAUGAAGAUUAGUGAGUCAUCAUUUUUGGUCAGAGUUGAACAGUCUGAUGAAGAGGGGCCCAUGCUCAGUACUUCCUGUACGCGGUUAGAUUCUGAAAAGUCAGAUAGGGAAGCUUUGUCCUUGUCAAAACCAGAGCAUCGUAGUGCUUUGGAUGUUGAUGAUGGGAGCAAGAUACUGAUUAUCAUGUAUGUAUUUGGUUUGGUUGUUCAUUCUUUCUGGGAAUCAUUUGAUGCACAGUCAUUGUCUGAGGCAAAACUUGACCAAUCCGACGAACAGCCUACAAUCGGUACUUCCUGUACACAGCUAGAUGCGACAGAGUCAGAUAGGAAAAUUUCCACCUACUUGUUAAAAGCAGAGGACCAUAAUGCUUUGGAAGUUGAGACUUCGCACAAGAUACCGAGUGAAUCAUUUGAUGCGCACUCAUUGUCUGAGGCUGGACUUGACCAGUCUGAUGAAGAAUCUACACUUGGUACUUCCUGUGCACAGUUAGAUUCUGAAAAGUCGGAUAGGGAAAAUUCAAUCUCCUUCUCAAAACCAGAGGAUCAUAAUGCUUUGGAGGUUGAGGCUGUGCGCAAGAUACCAAGUGAAUUGCUCGUUUCGUCAUCAUCAACAGAAGAUGACAAUUUGGAUCCUUUGUCACCCAAUGAUGAUCACCUAGUAGGUGGUGAUCCACGUGGUAAGAUUGGUGUCGAUAUUUCUCGCAAACCUCCUAAGCCAAAAAGGACACUUAUGCCUUCGUCUUCCAUGUUAUCAAGGGACUUGAGUACCUUUGAUCUCUGUGACGAAUCUGAGAAAUUAAAGGGUAAUAGGGGCACAAGGAAAUUAGCUACACAUGAACCCCAAAGAUCUAAUGGAAGCAUCUCCCUGCUCCGCAUGCUGAAAGAUAGAAGAAGCAAUCUUCAUCGCUAG